CGCGAGAACACCGCGAAUUCCACACCAUUUCCACCCGAAAUCCACCGGGGGAAGGGACCCCAAAAAGGAAAAAAAAAAAAUCACGCCGCCGAGAGAGCCCAAGAUGCACGGUGGCCUCCUCCGCCGCCUCGCCCUCCUCGCCGCGCUCCUCGGCCUCGCCGCCGCCCAGCCGCCGUUCCGCGGGUACUACUACCUGCUCGACUGCGGCGCCGCGGGGCCCACCACCGACGGGCGCGGACUCGACUGGCUCCCCGAUGGCGGCUACGUCUCCGGCGGCGUGCCCCGCCAGCUCCCCGACCAGGGCCGGGGCCUCCUCGACCCGGCGCUCGCCACCCUCCGCGUGUUCCCGCGCAAGCCGGGCGCCAAGUUCUGCUACGAGCUCCCCGUCGACCGCAACCGCCGCUACCUGCUCCGCCCCACCUUCUUCUACGGGGCCCGCCCCGGUUCCCUGCCGCCUCCCGUCUUCGACCUGAUCGUGGACGGCACCUUCUGGACCGCCGUCAACACCACCGACGACGUCCUGGCCGGCAGCGCGUCGUACUACGAGGCCGUGUUCGGCGCGAGCGGCAGGAACAUGAGCUUCUGCCUCGGCGUGAACCCGGACUACACCGACGGCGGCCCUUUCAUCAACGCGCUGCAGGUGAUCCAGCUUCAUGAUUCGGUGUACAACGCCACGAAUUUCAAUAGCAGCGCCAUGGGACUCAUUGCGCGUACCAAGUUUGGCUCCGCUGGUGAUGUUGAGAGGUACCCUAAUGACACCUUCAAUCGCUAUUGGCAGCCAUUUCCAGACAGUAAACAUGCAGUCAGUAGUACCCACAAUGUCACCUCAGCUGAUUUUUGGAAUCUUCCACCUCCUGGGGUGUUUAAUACAGCUUUGGUGGCAGAACAAGAUGCACCAUUGGUGUUGGAAUGGCCUCAGAUACCUCUCCAGAAUGAUAGCUAUUAUGUUGCUCUUUAUUUUGCUGAUACAGUAUCUAACAGUUCGAGGACCUUUAAUGUAUAUAUAAAUGAUUACAGCUUCUACGAAGGUCUAACAGUAACAUCAGCUGGCCUUUCUGUCUUUGCAACACAAUGGAUUCUCUCAGGCUUGACCAGAGUUAUUUUGACUCCUGUUUCUGGUCUGCCUCCACUUAUCAAUGCUGGUGAGGUCUUUGGACUUUUCCCUCUAGGAGGAUACACAUUUGCUCGGGAUGCACGUGCCCUGGAGAGUAUUAAGAGAAGUCUUCAAAAUAUACCUGAUGAUUGGAAUGGAGAUCCAUGUAUGCCUAAUGGAUAUGCUUGGAGUGGAGUUACAUGUGAUAAAGGCUUAAAACCACGUGUCAUUUCAUUGAACUUUUCAAGUAUGGGUCUCUCUGGAUAUCUUUCAUCUGACAUAGCAAGUCUCACUGCUCUGACUGAUAUAUCUUUUGCAAACAAUAGCUUAUCUGGACCUAUUCCAAAUCUCAGCAACCUGAGGAAUCUCACACGACUGCACCUGCAGGACAACAAAUUAAAUGGAACAGUACCGCAGACACUGGGGACACUUGCAUCUUUGCGUGAACUAUUCUUGCAGAACAAUGAACUGGUUGGAGCAGUUCCACUGAACUUGCUGUUCAAGCAAGGAUUGAAUUACCAGUUUCUUCCUGGGAACAACUUCUCUCCAAGACCACCCCGCUGAAAUCAGGCAUCUUUUGCAAUCAAUUACUCUGAAGUGUACUCAACAGAAUUCAGAACUAGGAGGACAGUUAAUCGAUUCUUUGGUUGGCUACACCAAGAUUUUGUUGCCAUUCUGUACAUGAAAGCAAGUCACAGUGUCAGAUGAUUUGUACCGGACCCUGUCAGCCGCUAGCAACGGCAGUGAAUAUAUGUAGUAUUGAUUGUA